AUAUCCCCAGAGAUGUUCAAUCAAGUCCAGGCUCUGGCUGGGCUACUCAAGGACAUUCAGAGACUUGUCCCGAAGCCACUCCUGCAUUGUCUUGGCUGUGUGCUUAGGGUCAUUGUCCUGUUGGAAGGUAAACCUUUGCCCCAGUCUGAGGUCCUGAGUUCUCUGGAGUAGGUUUUAAUCAAGGAUCUCUCUGUACUUUGCUCCGUUCAUCUUUCCCUCGAUCCUGACAAGUCUCCCAGUUCCUGCUGCUGAAAACAUCCCCACAGCAUGAUACUGCCACCACCAUGCUUCCUCCAGACAUGAUGCUUGGCAUUCAGGCCAAAGAGUUCAAUCUUUGUUUCACCAGAUCAGAGAAUCUUGUAUCUCAUGGUCUGAGAGUCCUUUAGGUGCCUUUUGGCAAACUUCAAGCUGGCUGUCAUGUCCCUUUUACUGAGAAGUGGCUUCUGCCUGGCCACUCUACUAUAAAGGCUUGAUUGGUGGAGUGCUGCAGAGAUGGUUGUCCUUCUGGAAGGUUCUCCCAUCUCCACAGAGGAACUCUGGAGCUCUGUCAGAGUGACCAUCGGGUUCUUGGUCACCUCCCUGACCAAAAGGCCUUUCUCCCCAUAUUGCUCAGUUUGGCUGGGAGGCCAGCUCUAAGAAGAGUCUUGGCCUCCAUCAUUCCAUUUAAGAAUGAUGGAGGCCACUGUAUUCUUGAGGACGUUCAAUGCUGCAGACAUUUUUUGGUACCCUUCCCCAGAUCUGUGCCUAGACACAAUCCUGUUUCGGAGCUCUACAGACAAUUCCUUAGACUUCAUGGCUUGGUUUUUUCUCUGACAUGCACUGUUAACUAUGGGACCUUAUAUAGACAGGUGUGUGCCUCUCCAAAUCAUGUCCAAUCAAUUGAAUUUACCACAGGUGGACACCAAUCAAGUUGUAGAAACAUCUAAAGGCUGAUCAAUGGAAACACGAUGCACCUGAUCUCAAUUCCAAUUCUUAUAGUAAAGGGUCUGAAUACUUAUGUAAAUAAGUUUGAAAAAAUGUCUAAAAACCUGUUUUCGCUUUGUCACUAUGGGGUAUUGUGUGUAGAUUGAUGAGAGAAAAAAGGGAUUUAGUCCAUUUUAGAAUAAGGCUGUAACGUAACAACAUUUGGAAAUAUUCAAGGGGUCUUAAUACUUUCCAAAUGCAAUGUAUAGAGAUAUAUAUCAAUCUACAACAGGAUUAUCUAUUUUGGAUGCAAUUUGAAUGGAUUUGAUAGAGAGAGAAAGAUGUUGAGAUCGGUUGUCUGUCCCCACCCUGAGCGUUAAAGAUUCAUCAUGCAGAGGCCAGAGUUAGACAUGGCAUAUAUUUAACAGUUCCAUUCCAUGCUGUUCAUAUAAAUAAUUUAUUAUAAUUUUACGGGUUUCUCACAGUUAUUUUUCCCAGGAAAAGGGAGUGGUUUUAGGCGGCAAAUCCCAGUAAAUCUCGGUGUCUCCCGCAAUCAACUCUAGUCAGUGUGACUAUGAUCCUAUCAGAAUGACAGUUAUAUAUUUCUGAAGUAAAUAAGAUAGUAUUAUCAACAUGUCUCCUUGUGUGGACUAUUGUCUCAUAUCUUACUGUUCUCUCCCAUGUGGUCUCUCAGGCUGGGUGGAGGUGCCAGCUCUGGGUCGGCCCAUUCACCCUGGAAUGCUGUAUGACUGUUGCUCUGAGUCCUUCACUCCAGACUUCUUGUGUGACUCAGACAAUAAGAUAAAAAGGAAAAUAUCCCUGCCGUUCCCAUUCACUGAGACCAAGGUAAUAGAGACAGACUCUCUGCAGGAGAGGUUCAGAGCUCUGGGACUGGAUCAGCCAAUCAGAACCAGUUUCCUGUCUGGACUGGUGGAUGUGGGAGGAGCUGCAGAGUAUCUAAACCAUCCUCUCCUGCACAAAGGGGACUAUGUGACUCUGCACUACAAGAGAACCACCCGACUGGAUCAGUUGACUUUCUUCCUGUUAGAGAAGGUGAGGCGUCCUGAAGUGAUUCAGCAGCAAACAUCCACACACAUGGUCAUGGCUGUGACAUAUGGAACUCAGGCCUUCAUCGUUUGUAAGACCAACAGAACAUGGACCAUGAGCAAAGUUAUCAAUAAACUGAAGAAAAUGAUCCAACUUCUCACAGCAGAGGACGGAGCUGCUCAACUAGCUACAUCUUCUGGUCUCACCUGUACCUACUAUGGAGAUCUUGAGACAAAUAGAGGUGAUAGGGAGAUAACUGAUCUCAGUGAGUCCUUCCCUAAGCUGCUGGGUCUCAGUGGAGAGAAGGCUGUUCCUCUGAGAGUUUGGCUCUGCCCUCUGAAGAACCUGUACCCUGCAGCAACCUGUGUGAGGGAGAUCAGUGAAGACCUGCAGUCCAGGGUAGAGAGAGAGAUGGAACACUACAGACGCACAGGCACAAGGUGUGAGGAGAUGGUAAAACAUGAGUGGGUCAGUAAAGUUCAGGACCUGAAGGAUAAAGUGAUCCAUUUUAUAGAUCUCAUUCAACAGUACCUAGCUCAACUGCAGAAACUCAUGGGUAGAAUUUUGGUGUCUGUGAGGUCAGGAGUGCAGGAGGAGAAAGCUGUUGAAGAGGAGAUGAAAGGUCAUGAUCUGUCCCCGUUCAGAAUGGAAGCAACAGGACAGUGGCUGGAUGACAAACAGGCUGAGCUGAAGUUCCUUGAAUCUCUUGACUCUAAAAUCAGAUCUAAGAUGGUGUCUACAGACCAGCUGCAAAAAGUCAUUAGUAAUUCAAAGACAGACACUGUGGUGUGUUUCACUCUCACCUCUCUGGGUGAAACAGACCUGUAUCUCUCAUCCCUGAAGCAGCAUCUUGAUUCCCUACAGACAUACUCACAGACCAGGCCUGGCCACCGCUACCAGCACACUCAACCCUGGUUCAAGUCUGAGGAGAACAAGGAGAGAGUAACAACGGCAGCUAGAGCUUUUCUUGAUUUCGUUAAGGUCACCAAGAAACUCAAGUUCGUUGCAACCUCCAUUCCAAAUUAUUCCACUCCUGGAGCCUCCAUCCAUCUCUACCAGGGAGGCAGGUUAGUGGACUCUGACUAUGAAGCUGUGUCAAAGCCUGAGACUGUUAAGGUAGUAGACACAGAGCAGAGUAGUGUGACCCUCCUCUUAUCCCCGUCAAAGACUGGACACACUGACAGGUUCAGAGUGGAGUACAGACCUGUCAGACCUGACCUGUUCUUUCUCCAUGAGGAGAAGAACUGGAGAAGCAUGACGACCGGAGAAAAUGGGAAAGCCUUUGUGAUAUCAGGCCUGGAGAGAGAUACACAGUACCAGAUCAGACACAGAGCAGAGGACAUGGCAGGAGUGACUAGUGAGUUCAGUGACAUCACUGUGGCAGAGACUGGGUCAGGGUCUGAGCCUGGGCGUCCGGUAGUCCAGUCAGCAGACAGAAACUCGGUCACUCUGACCUGGAGAAGACCAGUGGAGGCUGCAAAGGGACGGCCUGUGCUCCACUACAGACUGGAGUACAGAGAGGAGGGACAGGACGAGUGGGUCAUACUGCUAACAGACAGGGACGAGUGUGUGUACUCCCUAACACCCACACACACCUCUUGCAGAGUCAGAGUGUGUGCCAUCUAUAGAGAGGGAGACAUGAGUGAACCUAGCAAAGAAACAGUCAUCCCACUGGCAGCUGAUGUGACUCUGGACCCUGAUACAGCUCACUGUGAGUUGAUCCUGUCUGAUAAUGGGAGGAGAGUGACAGUAGGAAAAAAUAGGAAGGUUCCUAAUAAUCCACAGAGAUUUGAUGGGUGGGCCUGUAUCCUGGGAAAGGAGGGCUUCCGCUCUGGACGACACUUCUGGCACGUGGAGGUGAAUAUUGAGGUGGAGGCAAGUUGGGCUGUAGGAGAGACCAAGGAGUCUGCUGAAAGGAAAGGAUGGUUCUCUUUCUCUCCAAAUGAAGGUUACUGGUGUUCUUCUUGUAGUUCCACCCUGUGUGUCUUCAAGACCAACCUCCCCUGGCCCUCUAACCUCAAAGUGUUGGAUGUGUGUGUGGAUAUUGAGGAGAGGUGGGUCUCCUUCUACAACGCCGUGUCCAGGAGUCACGUUUACACCAUCACUGACAUGGUCUUCACUAAGGGAGAGAGGAUCUACCCACUGUUUCGAACUUAUGGAAGAGAUAAAGGCCUUGUGAUCCAGGAGCUGAAAUAGACUUCCAGGCAUCAUAAGAACCCUUGAACAGAAAAGUGGGCAGUCAUCCAAAGAGCAGACAACAUUAGAGGUUCAGAGUGCGUCCUAAUUAUCUCCCUUUGUCCCAUAGUGUGCACUUGCUCACCCCCUUCACUGAUUUGAAAGAAAAUGACUGGUAUAAGAAAUAUGGUGGAAACUAACUCCCACUAGCACAUGACUCCACCAAUCCAAAAUAUUAAUGGGGAGUAAUGAACGAGUGCACACUUCAGGAGGAAGGGAGAGAUUUUUGGGACAACCUCAGCGUGUGCAACGUUCUGUUGCGGUUUAGGGAAUUCCAUAAUCACACACCAGUGCUGUACCUCCCUCUAGUGGCUGGUGUCUGCAGCACAUAUGUUUGCCAAUGUGUGAAUAGAAAUCUCCAACAACGGGCGCCAAAACAGCCCGCAGUGGGGGGGGGGGGGGG